AUGACUCGGUCUUUUUUAACAGUCCUUACAACUUUACUUGCAUGUUUAGUAGAGAUGAACAACUUCGGGGUAACGGAUGCUAAGGAGCGUGACAGACCAUCUGGUCGAGGCUCCUCGUUGACUAUGUCUCCAUCUGAUUUCCUGGACAAACUGAUGGGUAGAACAUCUGGAUAUGACGCACGAAUCAGACCCAACUUCAAAGGGCCUCCUGUAAACGUUACGUGCAACAUUUUCAUCAACAGCUUUGGCUCUGUAACCGAGACGACCAUGGACUACAGGGUUAACAUCUUCCUGCGACAGAAAUGGAACGACCCAAGGCUGGCGUACAGCGAGUACCCAGACUCGUCCCUGGAUCUGGACCCGUCCAUGUUGGACUCCAUCUGGAAACCAGAUCUUUUCUUUGCUAACGAGAAAGGCGCAAACUUUCACGACGUUACCACUGAAAACAAGCUACUGAGGAUCUUCAAGGACGGGACCGUUCUCUACAGCAUCAGGCUGACUCUCAUCCUGUCCUGUCCCAUGGAUCUGAAGAACUUCCCCAUGGACGUGCAGACCUGUACCAUGCAGCUGGAGAGCUUUGGCUACACCAUGAACGACCUGAUCUUUGAAUGGUUGGACAAGGGACCAGUGCAAGUGGCUGAUGGCCUAACCCUGCCCCAGUUUAUAAUGAGAGAGGAGAAAGAGCUGGGCUACUGUACCAAGCACUAUAACACAGGCAAAUUCACCUGUAUCGAGGUGAAGUUUCACCUGCAGAGGCAGAUGGGGUAUUACCUCAUUCAGAUGUACAUUCCCAGUCUUCUCAUCGUCAUCCUGUCCUGGGUUUCCUUCUGGAUCAACAUGGACGCAGCCCCUGCACGAGUGGCCUUAGGCAUCACCACCGUCCUUACCAUGACGACACAGAGCUCUGGAUCGCGGGCCUCCCUACCAAAGGUAUCCUAUGUGAAAGCCAUAGACAUCUGGAUGGCUGUCUGCCUACUGUUCGUCUUCGCCGCUCUGCUGGAAUACGCUGGAGUAAACUUCGUUUCCCGGCAACAGAAGGAGUUCCUUCGUUUGAAGCGAAGGCAGAGACGAAAUCAUAAGGAGGAUGAAAUGCAAGAGGGACGGUUGAAUUUCUCCGGUUACACCGUCGGCCCCUGCCUGCAGACGAAAGACGGGCCGGCGGCGAAAAGCUCCGCGUCCAACGCCGUGCAGUCCUCGUCAGCUGCUCCGAAGGACACGGAAAACACGAGGAAAAAAUUUGUGGACAGAGCCAAGAGGAUAGAUACAAUCUCCAGGGCCGCGUUCCCUCUCGCCUUCCUCAUAUUCAAUAUCUUUUACUGGAUUACAUACAAGAUCAUCAGACAUGAGGAUGUUCAUAAAGACUGA